AUCAUGCCUGAACCAGCGAAGUCCGCCCCAAAGAAAGGAUCUAAGAAGGCCGUCACGAAGGCCACCGGUAAGGGAGGGAAGAAGCGCAGGAGGUCCAGGAAGGAGAGUUACGCUAUCUACGUGUACAAAGUCUUGAAGCAGGUUCAUCCUGACACCGGUAUCUCCUCCAAGGCGAUGGGCAUCAUGAACUCUUUCGUCAACGACAUCUUCGAGCGCAUCGCCGGUGAGUCGUCUCGUCUCGCUCACUACAACAAGCGCUCCACCAUCACAUCGAGAGAGAUCCAGACCGCCGUGCGUCUGCUGCUGCCCGGUGAACUGGCCAAACACGCCGUGUCUGAGGGGACAAAGGCCGUCACCAAGUACACCAGCUCCAAGUAAAGUGUGAUAAGAAACCUCAACCAAAGGCUCUUUUAAGAGCCAACCAUGCUAUCGCUUUAAGAGUUUAAUUGUAUAUUUAUAUGAAACAAAUUCUCUAUAAUAUAGAUUAAUUUCCAGUAAGAAUUAAGCAUAUUCGUCACCUCAUUCUCCGUCAAUGUUGUAAAUAGUUUAUUGAUGUUAACCACCAGCAGGAUUUUAUGUUGGCAAAUUGGAUGAAAUAUUUACAUACAUUUGAAAUUCUUAAUAGUAAAAUUAUGUACCUGCAAUAAUUGUAUGUUGUACUCUGCUGUGAAAAAAAUCUGCAGAAUUAAUUUUUCAAACACUAAGUACAGUUAUUUACAUUGUUCAAUAGAGGACCAAAUGAGAAAAUGUAUCCAUUCCAAAUUAAUGUAAUAUUGCAGCAUGAAAUCAUUAAACGUAUCUUUGAGGUGCUCAGACAAUUAUAUGAAAUUUAUUAGAAAAAUCCCAGAAAAGCACUUGAAAGUCCUCCGUGAUUAAUGUCUUAAUUUAAUCUUCGAUGUUUAUAAUUAAUUAAUAAAAAAUGCUAUUUUACAAUAAAUCUCAAAUUACCGUUGUUAGCAUUUCAUAUUUUUUUUGGGUCAAAGAUAUAAAAAUAAUUCAAGCAAUUUAUUAAAGUGAAGAGUUGGAAAAUAUUGAUUAAAGUUUUUAAUAAUUAUCUUCCACCCUAGUCAAAUAUCUACCAGCCUGUUGUGGGCAAAUGUAAUAGUAUUUGAUUAUGUCAUCAAACACACCCCCGCUGCCAUUUUGGAUGGAGACACCUGUAAACAAACUGUACCAACCAGAUAAAUAAAGAAAUGUGGGCUGUGGGAAAGAACGAUUAAGAAGACAACCACAUUAGUGCCGCCGCAUGUACUGUUGAAUCACACAAUGAAAACUGAGCUUUUUCAGUUUCUUUAAACACUACCUCAGCACCAUUAAUAUGCAUACAUUAAAGGAAAUUAUUGCAAAUGACCAAUGACUACUCGAGGGGUUUGAAAAUCAGAAGUGUAUUGACAGACAUUAAAAAUCGAAUAAACAUUUAUUAAACCAUUCAAUUAACCUUAACGUGGCUAAUGUUAGAUUCAUUUCUUACCAGUGUGUACAGUUUAGCUCUCAUAAAAUCACCAAUUGAUCUUGAUUUCCUGGAAUUUCUGGGCGUCUUGAGUCGCACUGUCUGUAGACAAAUGAAAGAGUUUGGUUUUUCCACCAAAAAAUACAGCAACAUCAGUGAUCAAGACCUCAAUAACUUGGUUGCACAAAUAAAAAAAUGAAAUGCCCUUUGCUGGAUACCGAAUGGUCAAAGGGAGGCUCCAAUCCAUGGGGAUCCACGUUCAGUGGAGAAGAGUAGCUACUUCGAUGCAUGAAGUUGAUUCAAAUGAGUCCUGUCUCUUUGGCAUGUGGAUACCAACCACAAGUUUGUAAGGUUGUACCAUUCUCUAUACUUUCAAGAGUAUUUCUCAUUCAUCCAUAUUAGAUAAGUGA